CGCCCCCUCGCGGCCUCCCCCUCCCCUCGCGCCGCCCUCAAGUCGUUGUCGGAGGAGGAACGGUCGCGUCCCUCACAAAGCAGCAGCAGCAGCGGCGGCGGUGUUGUUGUCUUCACUUGAGGAGGAUUUGACGAGAGUGAGUUUACAAGGAAUCUUGUGGAGCAGCAGCAGCAGAGAUGUCGUCCGCCUCGGCCACGCCGAUCGGGCCCCGCGGCGCGGGACGCUCGUCACUGGCGUCGCCCCUGAGCCCGACGCGGCUCUCGCGGCAACGGGAGAAGGACGAUCUGAUUAACCUCAACGAUCGCCUCGCCAUCUACAUCGACAAGGUUCGUUCGCUGGAGCAGGAGAACAGCCGCUUGCUGAUGCAAGUGUCGCAGAGCGAGCAAGUGGUCACGCGUGAGGUGAGCGGCGUGCGCUCCGCCUACGAGCAGGAGCUUGCCGACGCGCGUGCGCUGCUGGACGACACGGCGCGGGAGCGUGCUCGCCUGCAGAUCGAGGCUGGGAAGUACCGCGCCGAAUACGAGGACUUGCACGCCACGCUAUCAAAGCGUGAGCAUGAUUUCGCGACUGUUCAAGCUCGGGCUCGUGACCUGGACGCGCAGCUUGGGGCCAAGGAGGUGGCGCUGGGGUCCGCGCUGUCUGACAAUAAGAGCUUGCAGUCCGAGUUCAAUGAGAUCAAAGCCCAGCUCGCCAAGAUGGAGGGAGUCCUUGCCUCCACCAAGAAGCAGCUGGCUGAGGAGACCCUGCAGCGUGUAGACCUGGAGAAUCGCGCGCAGAGCCUCAAGGAGGAACUAGAGUUCCGCAAGAGCGUCUUUGAGGAGGAGGUGCGCGAGACGCGGAAGAAGCACGAGACGCGCAUGGUGGAGGUGGACUCGGGGCGCCAGCGGGAGUACGAGAGCAAGCUGGGACAGGCGCUGCUGGAAUUGAGGCAGGCGCACGGCGAUCAAGUGAACGCUUACAAGCAAGAGCUGGAGACCAACUUCCGUGCCAAGAUUGACAAUGCACGCUUAGCAUCCGAGAAGAACAGCUCCAGUGCCAACCGGGCACGCGAGGAGCUCUCGGAGAUGACCCUCCGUGUGGAGACUCUCACGAGCCAACUCAACAACGCACAGAAACAGACCUCUGUGCUGGAGUCGCGCGUGCGGGAUCUGGAGGACAGCCUGGCCCACGAACGUGACUCCCACCGGCGUGCGCUGGCCGAGCGUGAGCGCGAGAUGUCGGAGCUUCGCGAGCAGAUGCAGGCGCAGCUCAACGAGUACGAGGAGCUGUUAGACGUGAAGCUGGCGCUCGACAUGGAGAUCUCCGCCUACCGCAAGCUGCUGGAGGGCGAGGAGGAGAGGCUGAAGCUGUCACCAAGCCCGGCGUCGCGGGUCACGGUGUCACGCAUGUCGGCGUCGCGCAGCAGCAGCGUGCGCACGGGGAGGGGGAAGCGCAAGCGCGUGGAGGUGGAGGAGCGCGAGGCAAGCAGCUCGAGCAGCGUGAGCCAGCACGCACACGCCUCGGGGCCCGUGGCCAUCGACGAGGCUGACCAAGAGGGCCGCUUCAUGAGACUCCGCAACACCUCGGCCCAGGACCAGCCGCUGGGAGCGUGGGUGCUGAAGAGGAAGGUGGGGGAGCAGGACGAGAUCUCUUACAAGUUCACGUCGCGAUUUGUCCUCAAGGCCAAUGCCACGGUCACGGUGUGGGCAUCAGACUCCCACGUGGCUCACAACCCGCCCACGGACUUGCUGUGGAAGAGCCAGGCAACCUGGGGCUCGGGAGACCAGAUCUUCACCAGCCUUUAUGACUCAUCCGGCCAGGAGGUGGCGGUGAGGAACUUGAGUCGCGUGCUCACCGACACCGCGCUGGGGGGAGAUGGCGAGGACGACGAGGAUGAGGCAGAGCUGGGAGAGGAGGAGCUUUUCCACCAGCAGGGCGAUCCUCAGGCGAGCGACCGGCAGUGCGUGGUGAUGUGAGUCCGGCUUUGCAGAGAGGAGAACUCCCCUCUGGCAGCUCACAAUUUUUUUUCUAUGGUAGAGAACGUGUUUUAGGUUAGUCGAUUUCAUAGCCUCAUGCCAGUGUAGCAUUUUACUAGAGAUUUGUAGUGUGAAAGAUCAUUAGAUUGUUUUCUGCUUUGUUAGAGGAUUUACCAACCAACACACAAAACGUGACAGGGAGGUUUCUGAAAAACAAACCACAUUCAUUUUUUUGUUUAUAUUUCCCCUCUUGAUGCUUUUACAAUUUGAACAAAUAAAAAACACACAAAUUUACAUUGGUAAGGAGGAGCAGUGUUUUUAUGUCGGGGCCUUCAUUCCAUAAGGAGCCCUUCUCGUGGCGAUUCUUGGGUCAAGAUUAGGUCGGCUGUGCCGGAGCGGUCAACUGCAGUGUUGAUUGACAGGGGAACAGUCGACUGUCAACCAACACUGCACAGUUGACCACUGCUACAGUUAACCAACACCACACGGUUGAGCAUUCCGGCAGCGUCAACUGUGCAGUGUUUAGUGAGUAGGAGUGGUCGACUGUGUGGUCGGGAUCAACUGCGGCGUAACCAAUCGGCUGCAGUGGUAGACUGCAGUAUUGGUUAACAGCGGGAGCUGUUAGUCUGCAUUGUCAGUCAAGUAGUGGUCGACCGCGACGGUGGUUGACAGGUAGUGAACAACUCUGCGGCGUCUGUCGACCGCGGUAGUGGUCGACUCCGGUAGUGUAACGGUCAACUGAAGUUGACUGGUAGUGGUUGAUUGCGCGGUAGACUUGUAGUGGUGGCGAUAGCUGUGUGGUCAUGGUGACCUGCGGUAGUGAAUUGAGCGUGUGGUGGCGGUUGGAUGCAUGUCGUUCUAGUCGAUGGUGUUGUUGCGCCAUACGAUGUGGCCGAGGCUGAAGUCACCACUGCUCCACGCCACGCACGUGCCCCCUCCACGCCCAUGAACAUGGGCUCCAUUCUACCGCGUAGGUUUAUGUAGUUGUGCACCAUAGCUCUCCGACGUGUCUCUAUGUUGUGCCGUGUGGCAUUCAGCGCGAGGUAUGAUUUUUUUUGCAGCACGUGCUGGGAGCUUCUCCAGGAAAUGACAACUAGAAAACACUCGGAGAGCUAUUGGUUGGCUCCAAUUUGGUUUGUGCUGUACAGAUAUGCACGUCACUUUCAAAGUUAGGCAGUCCACUCUCUUGCAGUGUUGCAUUGGCGCUAAAAUAAAUAAUGGUUUCAGGGAACGCAUCUUGUGUGGCUGCGGUGAGGGGGGGGUUAGGUCAUGCAGGGCAAUGCCACUAGACCCCCUGUCCCCCCCCCCCUCCCCUCUUCCACUAUGUACCUCCUCUUCACCCCCAUGUACCCCUCUCCACACUUGGUCACCCCAUGUCCCUCACGUCUGGUGCUUUCCCCGUGCCGUGUGGUUCCCAUGCAUGGAUGCUGAGAGUCGUGAUGUCGUGAGGAGAGCCCGUCAUCGAAACACGUGCAGUAGUUUGACUACGUCUGGGUGUUCACACAUCUCCUCUGGGUUACACUGCACAAUAACGCAUCCUGUGGGUGAUGAACAUCCCUACGUAAACCACCUCCAGAGUGGACGGCUCUCACACUGAAAGUUGGCUGACUUCCCACUGCUGCCUUUGUCACGUGGUGAAGGAAAACAAAAGAGGAGCACCUGGGCCGGGAUUAAAACUGUGAAGCGCGUGCUGGGGAGCGCCGGUGUUGGGGUCGGCUCGGCACCCUCGCGUGUCGCAGCACAGUAUUUGCGAAUUCGAGGUUUUCCAGCGGAGUUUUUUAGUGCAUGCUCUACAGUGUAUUUCGUCUUUUUUUAAAUUACGCAUUUACCUGAAAUUAUGAAACAAGUGAAAUUAUGGAAGUCUUUUGUUUCUGUCCAUGACAACAACAAUGAAAAUAAAGUUACUUUUAUACCCAU